CCUCAGUAGCUCUCCACCUACCUAGGUGACAAGGUGUGUGCUGCUCACCUAUCUACGUAGUCUGGUGCUGCACCUAUCAUCGUAACCUAGUGCCAGUUUGCAGCUCCCGAGGAUCUUCAGAAAAACGAGGCAACCAAGAAUAAUAAUAACAAUGAAUGUCCUGCUUGUGGUGUUAGUGUCGGUAACUACACAAAAAGUAGUUGGUCAGGAUCUCCUCAGUCAGUCGUACCUUCCCCCGUAUCAGGCUGAUAUAUCAACUCCUCCUGUGACACAACCAACCACAUCACCAGCACCAACAACAACUCCAGAAGCCUCUCCACCUGAAGAAGGAAGCCCCGUAACCAAGCAAUGUCAGCAGUUAUGUCCCUUCAACUAUGCUCCCGUCUGUGGAAGCGACGGGGUCAUAUACACGAACCAGUGCUCCUUUUCCAACGCUGUCUGCAUCAACCCAGACCUCGUCAGGGCCAGCUUCGGCCACUGUGUAAGAGCACCGGAAUUGGUACCUGUACCUCUCCCUGGUACGCCACCGCCACUACCACCAUCCAUAACCUCACCACAACCCUCCAUCCCUGACCAAUCAGUCACCCACACUCCCAUCUCCCCGACUCCUGCUCCAGUUCACGAGGAAGGUGGUGCAGGAGGCGAGGAUGCUGCUCCGGUGUGCCGUGCUGCCUGCACCCGGAUCUACUUGCCUCUGUGUGCCAGCAACGGGAAAACCUAUAACAACCGGUGUACCUAUGAACUGGCAUCUUGCUUGUCCCAACAGGCAGGAGGUCCUGAGAUAACAAUUGUGUCAGAGGGUCCUUGUGAAGAGCAAAUCCCUGUCGAUCCCCCGUCUCCACCAGUCCCCGUCGCCCCUUCACCCUCUCUAGUCGAGCCACAACCUGUCGACCUUGGUCCUGCGGAAGAAUCAAAUGGUGACGACCUUCCCCUGGAUGUAGUAGACGUAAGAGAGGAGUCUCCAUGCUCCGACACCUGCACACAGGUGUCAGCGCCUGUGUGUGGUAGUAAUGGGCGUAUAUACAACAACAUCUGUCGUCUCAACCUGGCAAACUGCUGGGACAAGCGGCAGGGAGGCGUUGGUAUAGUAGAGCAACGAGCAGAUUUUUGUGAGCAAGCAACAGGACUCGACUUACAGCCGUCAGGACAUCAGGUUCCCAGUGUCCCCUUGGUGGACACCCCCGUCACGGCCUCCUCCUGCCCUGAGCACUGCGGCAGGAUCUACACACCCUUAUGUGGCAGCGACGGCCUCACUUACAACAAUCCGUGUUUACUCGAAAUAGCAAACUGCAAGAAUAAAGAGGCCGGAGGAAUCGGCGUCGUGUCAGUUGCUGAGGGUCCCUGUGGGGCUCCGGAUGUCUCUGGAAGUGAGCAGCCUUCUGUUGCUGCUCCAGUAUCUCCUGCAAAGAGCAGUGCACUAAAAUCUACAUCCCCGUGUGCGGGAGUGACGGUGUCACCUACAACAACCCUUGUAUCCUGAAGGCGGAAGACUGCAAGAGGAAGGAGAAAGGAGGAAGUGGUUUGAGCAUCGCCUACGAGGGCCGCUGUGAAAGACCAACUGUUCCCGGGCAGAAGCCGUCAGGACAUGAAUCAGAGGUUCCUAGUGUCCCCUUGGUGGACACUACAGUCACACCAACCACAGCUUCCUCCUGCCCUGAGCAAUGCGUCAGGGUCUACACACCCAUGUG